AAAAUCGAAAGGGUAAGAUCUCAGAUCACAGCAAACCCUAAUUUGAGCCAUCUUUGGCCCUUACAAACUGCUUGCUCUUGGGAAAAUUAUGUAACUUCACUUUAAAGUGGAAAUAAUGACUGCGGCUGUGCAUACUCGUUACAUAACACAUCCUGUUGCCGAUCUUUUACUGGGUAUGCUCUAAAUGGUAAAUACCACUAGGAGAGGCAGACAGGAAGGGGCGGAGCGCCCGCCGGCCCAGCACCGCACCCGAGCUAGCGACCGCUGCGGGARGCGCGGGUGAGCCCGGCGGCCACUUUGCUAUCCCGGCCCUUUGGUCCUGGCCGUUGCUCCGGGGCCGGCAGAGCCUACGAUGAACCUCGGUUCCAGGCGCUGGGCAGGCAGCGAUAUUGGGUCCAUGGCUCCAGCGAUGACUCCGGUGGCGGCUCCGUUGUCCCUGGCUGUCAAGGCCCCAAACCCGGCAGCAGCCCCCACCUCCUAUGGGGUCUUCUGCAAGGGGCUCUCUCGCACCCUGCUCGCCUUCUUCGAGCUGGCCUGGCAGCUACGGAUGAACUUCCCGUAUUUCUACAUCGCAGGCUCGGUGAUCCUCAACAUCCGUUUGCACGUACACAUUUAGAAAAGUGACUAAGCUGCCGGCCUUGGGCGGCUAGCAUGAUGGCCGACUCCCAGGCAUCCCCGGGACUUAGUGAACCUGCGAGCGAGGAGCUCGGAGUUCUCGCGAGGGGCCCGGACGCACUCCGCGCCUGCGCUCUGCGCUCCUAGCCUUCCCUGGACCGUGGCGGGACCCCUGCUGGGACCAAAAAGAGGCCUUAGGGGACCGGGAACUGAGACCUUCGGCUAAAACCCCCCAAAAUCAGAAACUUUGUAUUCUUAAACUCCGAUCGAAUUCCAGGAUAUAACAGAAAGGCACAGAAUAUAUCAUUAAAAAGGAAGACCGAAUUUUUCUGGAAAAAAAAAAAUUGUGCAACAAAUUCAUGGCCUGAGUGAAAAUUAAGAAAUCAGUAAACUUAGGGAAUACCGGUGUGGAUUGUUAGC